AUGAAUAACCACCAGACACCUGUCCAUUGUGACAGCAGUGGAGGCUUCAAAUGCAUGGACCUCCUUGCGACAGUCAGCCCUUACAUGAAUGGCAAGAUGGAUAUCCCAACAGUCAGCAUCUGGGUCCGCUACUCAGCAGGGACAAUGGUCGGUAUCACUGGGAGGGCUUUACUUCAUGCUGCUGAAGCGACGGGUGAAAGAGCAUGCUUUGCCUACUACAUGAGACACAAUGUCUUGAAACACCUCAACUUGGAGGAGCCAGGAUGGGCAAAGGUCUCAGAUAUUGACGACAUGGUUGCAGACAUGAUGGAGCCAGAUGUGAAGCCCAAAAGACUGUGA